UGGAAUUCUCCUUCAUUCUCCCAGGUUCAGGAGCUGCUGGAAAAGGCAUCAGACUCCAGAAUUCUGUCGUCUUGUCCAGACAUCAAGUGGCAUUUUAUUGGCCACCUGCAGAAGAGCAAUGUCAACAAGCUGAUUGCUGUCCCAAACCUGUUCAUGCUGGAAACGGUGGAUUCUGUGAAACUGGCAGAUAGAGUCAACAGCUCGUGGCAGAAAAAAGGGUCAUCCCAGAAGCUGAAGGUCAUGGUGCAAGUGAACACCAGUGGGGAGGACAGCAAGCACGGCCUUCCCCCUGGGGACACCACGGCUGCUGUGGAGCACGUCAUCAACAAGUGCCCCAGCCUGGAAUUCGUGGGGCUGAUGACCAUCGGCAGCAUCGGGCAUGACCUCAGUAAGGGGCCAAAUCCUGACUUCCAGGUGCUGCUGUCCCUGCGGCAGGAGGUGUGUGACAAGCUGAACCUGCCCGUGGACAAGGUGGAGCUGAGCAUGGGCAUGUCCACGGACUUCCAGCACGCAAUAGAGGUUGGAUCUACGAACGUCAGGAUCGGGAGCACCAUUUUUGGAGAGCGGGAUUAUUCCAACAAAGCCCCCGCUGGAAGUGGAGGCCAAACAGAGGCCAUGACAGUGCAGGGCCACUAAAGGGAAAGAAGUGGCCUCGUCAGAGGAGAGACCUCGCUGUGGGAGACCUCACUAUGCAUUUUACCUCCCUCCUUGUCAGCACUCCAUCCUGAUGGUGGAGAGGGAAUUCCUCGGAACAGAGGCCAGAAAUGCCUCACAAUCAUUGUGAUUAUAGAGUACCCCUAGAAACUGGAAAUCUUGAUAACCAACAAAUGACAAGGAAAUUGAGGGUUGGAAGUGGCUGUGGUGUCUUGGUUCCUCAGGGUCAUCAAGGACAGAGACUUUGGGGUAACAAACAAGUGUUUGUCAGGCUGGAGUUGCUGCUGAGCAAGGUGGGUGUUGCUGCAGCAGUGCUGGUAGUUGUUUUCACUGAGGACUAAAUACUUCAUUGAACACAUUAUGAUCUUGCCAGAAACCUCUAAAUGUUUCCCCAAACACAAGUUUUGCACGUGGGGUGGUUACGUAGGAGCUGGGGCCGUGCUGUGACGGGGAGGGGCCGUGGCCAUGGAAAAGGGGUGAGUGACAGGCACAGGGGACUGUGAGGAGCUCAGCUGCUGCUGUGAGUUCAUGCUGUGGUGUUUUGGCUGCACAUCACAAGUGUGGGAGUGUCCUUUCAGCUCAAUUUUGUCCUUUUCAGGCUGACACUAACUUUUCCCAUGGCUCUGUGACUGCCCAAAUCUGGAAUGCUUUCCCCCUUCCCUUCCUUUCCCCUCCUCUGUUGUUGGGAAUUAUUUUCAUCCUUCCUAGUAGUUUUGCUGCUGUUUUUUGGUCAGAAUUGGGGUUUUCUGCCAAGCCUCUGCUCUGCCACCAGCUUCCUGCUGCUUUCCAAGGUGAGUCCCACAUGGUUUGGUGCCUGUGCCAUCCCCUGUACACCUGUGUGAGGAUAACAGUGUUUGGCUCAGGGCAGCAGGGAGCUUUCCUUGGGAAAAUACUUCAGGAAAGGAAAUAUUAUUGUCCCACUGCAUUCUGGGUUCCUGGAAAAAAUCAUUUGGUCUGUCAGAGAGUUUUCAGGCUGUGUCUUAACAUCCUUUCCUGCUCUUGGAAGAGGGAAAUGGGACUGUCACUGCCGUAGCUUUCCUUCAGCUGUGAGCAGCUGCUCCUGCGUUGUUGUGCUGCUUGGCCAGCCCCACAACCCGUGUUACAGCUGAUUUUUGGGCUUUUGUGUCUGCCAGAGGAGGAGAGCUGGGCUGCCAGCAGGAACAUCCUCCCCAGGCUUUGCUCUGUGUGCGUGUGGUUAAAUCUCGCCGUCGGUUUCACUCUCUAAAAGCUGAAUGUAAAUGAAAAGAGUCAACUCCAACACCAAACCUGUCGUAGCUCCGUGGUUUAGAAGCACUGUGGGGUCAGAGCCUCCUCCUCGCACUGUGCCAUGUGUGGUUCAUAGUCUAGUAAUACCGUGGUGAGUUUUAAUGCCAUCUGUGCCAACUCAGAAGCUAUUAAAGAUGUUAUUUUUA